UUUCGAAAAUGAAAAGAUUUGCAAAUGUCAGUGAGUGAAGUGAUCGAUUGGAAUUUCGCUAGUUGUUUAACUCCGUAAAUUUUGCAUUUGCAAGCCACAAACAGUUGUCGCUUUAGUGUAAUCUGUUUUGUUUGUGCUCAGUUCGAAGGAAUAAGUAAAAUGUCUUGGCCAAGUUGGCCGCAAAAUGCAGCGACGGCGGUUGCUCAACCAGUACCACCGCCGUCCGUGGGCCCGGCGCCCGUUCCGACUCCGGUCCCCGCGGUCGGUGCAGCCCCCGUGGCGGGUGCUACGACCCCAAUGUCAUAUCCGCCGCCAACGGCGGCUCCGCAAACCUACACGGCCGCCCAAUAUGCCGCUUUGUCGCCCGAACAACAAUACGCGAUGCAGCAGAAUUGGCAGCAAUGGCAGACAUAUCACCAACAAUACGCGCAAUGGCAUGCUCAAUAUGGCGAGCAGUAUCAACGUGAAAUGCAGGCGAAACUGGGAGCGGCGGCACCGCCUUUGCCUUUCGUUCCCCCACCGGCGACUCAAUAUCCGACACCAGUUCCGCCUGCGCCGGUUGCUGCACCCACUCCGGUUCCGCCGGUACCUUCGUAUAACGCUCCACCGCCGCCUCCACCAGCGGACAAACCCAACUCAAAUGCCGUUAACACUACUCUAAGCAGUUUAGUUUCGCAACCCCCACCGCCGCCUCCUCCCCCAGAGAAGGAGGAUGACAAGCCCCUGCCUCCGUUCUACUCCCAGCCGCCUCCAACUUCACAUUUUGCUCAACAACCUCCAGGCAAAGUCCCGAGUCUGUUGGAUAUGCCACCGCCAAACAUGCCGGGUUGGGGAGGAAACAAUCAAGGACAGCAACAGCAGCGUAACCAGGGCAACCAGCAAGGCAACCAGAACAACCAAUUUCAAGGGAAUAAUCGGGACUUCCGUGGCGGUCAAGGAAAUCAAGGAGGAAACUAUGGCCGAGGUGGUCGUGACCAAGACCAGGGACGUCGCGGAGGACAAGGCGAUCGUGGACGCUAUUCCGAUAAUUACAACGAUCGCAGAAGCUUCGGAAACGAUAAAGACCGGGAUCGCGACUAUGGCGGAGGUGGCGACAGAAACAGCUACAAUGACCGCCGAUUCAACGACAACCGAGGCAACAACAAUCGCGGAAAUGCGAAUCCUUGGCAACAGAAUCAAAAUCAGAUUGGCCCGCAACAAGGCAAUCAGCAGCGUCCGAUUGAAAGCUACAUUGGCGAUCCCGAGGAUGGCAAGACCCCAGAAGAGCGCGCCUUUGAUGAGCAGUUCCGGAAAUGGGAAGAAGAGUUCGAACGAUGGAAGAAGCAAAACGCUAACCACCCCGAUCGCACGGCUUACCGCGAGUAUGAGAUGAAGUUUGAAGACUGCAGGCGGAAACUCCUUGAGAGAAGGGAGCAAAUGCGCAUAAGGAAACAAAAGCCAGGCGCCACGCAGCCAUUGCAGCCUCCCCCAGGGCUGGACGUGCUAGUCGGCGUGGAAGACUCGCAAGCACCGAAAGAAGGCGCGAAAGAAGAAAAGUCUGAGCCUGGUGCAGCCUCAAGUAAAGAGUCCUCAAAGGACGAGACGAAGGAUGAAAAUCAGCCGGACAUGGACUUGGACAAUGACGAUACUGUCGACGUCCCCACGUCUCAGGACGACUCGCAAUCUCAGGACGGAGUGAUUGAAUUCCUGAAGACAAAGUCUGAGGGGGGAAUUCCUGGAUUAGAUCUGGUCCCUUCACUCGAUGAAUCCAAGGCCGAGAAACCCGCUGUUGAGGAGGACGUCACUGAAGUUAUAAAUCUUGUCGACGACGAGAACAGAGGCGGACAGAUUUUGCAGCCGCCAUUACAAUUCCAGCAGCUGGAAAAGCCACUAAUCCCGUCCUUACUAUCGCAGACAUUCGAACCGCCAUCCCACUCACCAAAUGUCGGUGGAGCCUUGAAUGCGACACAAAAUUCGGAUCAAGGCACGGACGACCAAGGUCCACCUGGUCUACCACAGAAUCUUGCUUCAGUAUUAGCGAAUCAAAACAUUCUUGCAUUAUUGUCGGCUGCACUCGGUAAAAAUAACAAUUCGGCUCCGAGUCAAGGGCAGGGCGAGCCUGGAGGAUUUCAGGGUGGAAAUGGUGGUUUUCAAGACAACCGGCAAGGAAUGUCGCCGUGGACGCAGGGGUCGGAUCAGUUCCAAAAUCGCAACAAAUUCGGAAACUUCAAUAACAGUCCACAGAAUAACAUGGGCAACAAUUUCCAAAACCAGAAUCGCAUGUCGCCUUGGGGGAAUAACAACCAAAUGGAGAAUAGAUUCAAUCAGAACCAGCAGUGGGGCAACAACAACAAUCGUAUGAAUCGCUGGGGCAAUCAGUCGAACGACAAUAACUGGAAUCAAAACAACCGCAACAAUCAAGCCCCAUGGCAAAAUCAACCGAAUUUCGGCCCGGGCGGUGGUAAUAACAAUGAUCAUUUUGAUGGCGGCAAUCGCGGCAACCAAAGGUCACACAAUCGCGCUAGCCGUUGGGGCGAACCGAAAACUGCGGGUGGCAACGAUGAAGCGGGCGCAAAUGAGUUCAAUCAAGGCGGAAAUUUGGGUGACAACCAAGCAAACGAUCGUUCCAGCCGUUGGGGUCCAAAGGAUGCCCCUAAUCAGGAUUUAGACGAGCGGCAAGGUGGCAACGUGUCAAACAAUCCAUUCAAGGAUCCCGACAAUCGAAGUGAUGCCAAUUUCAAUGCAAAUCGAUUUGAUGACGACAACAAUCGCAACAGUCGCGGAAUGAAUCGUCGAUCGGAUCAGCCGAGACGCGGAGGACAAGAUGAUGUGGACAUGCGACCGAAUCCGUUCAGGAAUAGUAGCGGAGGAUCCCGAGAUCGUGAUCGCAGCAAAAGUAACGAUCGUAGAUCAGAACAUUCUGGACGUAGUGGCGGCACUGAUGAACGUAAACGAUUCAACCCAUUCAAGGAGAGCGGGCCGCCUGCUAGCGUACCACGUUUGGGUGAAAAUCCUUUCGCUGGAGACAAGGAUGAUCGCCGUGGAGGCGGAAGUGGUGGUGGUAAUCCAUUCAAUCGCAAUCCCAAUGAUAUGCAAGGAACUCCCGGAACGCGUCGCAAUCCAUUCAAACAAGAAGCUCCAGCAGACGAGGAAUAUUUCAAGCCGGCACAAGUUAUCGAUUAUCAAAACCGCUCGCUUGGAAGUAACAGGGAUGAAGGGCGUGGUAGGAACUUUGCAGCGCCAAAAGUUGUUGAUUAUGGUCAUGGAGGCAAUCGACCUUCUGGCAGGCGGGAUGAUUUCAUGCCUAUGAAAACGAUCGAUUAUGGACAUUCAUCGACCGGAAAUAAGACUAAUACAGACAGCGGAAACAAAGGCGGUGAUCGAAAUCAACCGGCUAAGGAGGCUGUUGAGGCGAAGCAAGCACAACCAGUAAAGAAAGAUGAGCAAAAGCAAACCGAAAAGGCAGAGCCGAAAAAAGAAGAGAAAGCUGAAGCUAAAAAUGAGGAGGAAGAGGUGGAGGAAAUAGAAGAUGACGAUGACGAAGCAGAAAUUGUGGAGGAUGAGGAGGAGGAUGCCGAAGGUGUGGAGGGAGUUGAUGAUUGUGAGGAAGAGUUGGGCGAUGAGGAGGAGGAAGCAGGAGAUGAAGACGAGGCUGACGGCGAAGCAAUCGACGAGGACGACGAAGAUGCAGAAAUUGAACUUGAGACUGAACAGAAACCCGGUCGCCGAGGUAAAUCAGGUUUUGGCAGGAACCGUCGUCAGGACGGUCGAGGUAACAAUAAUAAUAAUCGCGGUGGUGGUUUCAAUCGUGGCCGAAAUGAUUUUGGUCGCAAUAAUAAUCGUGGUGGCAAUCCAUUCCAACUUGGGGGACCUGGAAACCAGGGCUUCGGUUUCAACAAUGGCGGAAAUCAAGGUUUCGGAGGAAAUCAGGGUUUCGGUGGUAAUCAAGGUUUUGGAGGUAAUCAAGGUUUUGGUGGCAAUCAAGGCUUUGGUAGAAAUCACGGUUUCGGUGGUAAUCAAGGUUUUAGAGGAAAUCAAGGUUUUGGUGAUGAUUUCGGUUUCGGCGGAAAUCAAGGUUUCGGUGGUAACAACGGUGGCCCAAUGAUGGGUGGAAAUUUCGGAUUUGGCGGGAAUAUGGGAAUGGGAGGAGAUAAUGAUGGGGGAAAAGGUAAUUUUCAGGGAGGCGGUGGCGGCAAAAAUCGCAAUCGUAGACGAAAUCGCAAUAAUAAUAAAACCGGUGAUCUAGAUGAUGAUGCAUAUUUGUCGGAUCAUGAACAACAGCAAGAUUUUAAUUUUAACAGUAAUAACGACAUUGCACCUUGGAAUCAGACAAACGAUCAGGAUUUUCAACAAUUCCAACAAUCUGCGCGCUGGAGCGAUAUGAAUCAACAACAAAACAAUUUUGAUUGUAAUAUAAACAAUCAAGGCCAAAGAUUUAAUGAAAAUUUCGGUUAUGAUAGCCGCCAAGAGAAUCGUUUGUCUGAUCUAAACAAUUUCGAUGCGAUUUCUAGCGAAAACAAUGAUUUUGCUGCGAAUGCAAAUCAAUACGUAGCAAAUCGCAGUGAUGCAAGCAGAAAUUUCGUGAACAUGACGGCACCUGAAGCAUCCAGAACGCCAAUAUCCUUUUGCAGUGAUCAAAUGCCCGUUCCGCCACCUCCUCCUUUUAUUCGCAUCGGUCAAAAUACCAAUAGCUCCUCCGGAACGUCUGAACGAUUCAAGUCGGAUAGUGUAAAAUCAACUCGUUGGUCUUCUCCUUCGGAUAGAGUGAAAUCCACUCGAUCGGAUAGUGAUUUCGUCGGUCCUUGUUUCUCAAAAAGUUCUGAUUCAGUGCUUGAAACUGCAGAGAAAACUCUAUCGCCUCUAUUGAAUCUACCAACGACACAAAACAAUAAUACUAUUCCAAUUGAUGAAAUUUUGGCGAAACCUGGUCGUGAUUCGCGUCCGAAAAAGAUUGUUAUAAUUUUACGCGGUCCACCAGGUAGUGGUAAGACUUUUGUGGCAAAAUUGAUGAAAGAAAAGGAAGUUUCAAUGGGCGGAUCAGCACCGCGAAUAUUGAGUAUUGAUGAUUAUUUCAUGACCGAAGUGGAUAAGGAGGAGAAAUGCCCAAAGACUGGACGAAAGAUCACUAAAAAAGAAAUGGCCUAUGAAUACGAAAAAGAAAUGGAGGAAACUUAUAAUCAGUAUUUGUUGAAAUCAUUCAAAAAGACCAUUGAGGGUGGUCUUUUUAAUUUCAUUAUCGUUGAUAAUAUCAACAAUACAUUACAAAGUUUCAUGGAAUACUACAACGUGGCCAAAUAUUCGCAUUUCAUGCCCUAUGUUAUCGAAUUGAAAUGCGAUUUAGAGACAUGUCUCAGUAAUAACAUACACAAUCGAUCCAAGCAAGAUAUUAUGAACAUUAUAGCAAAUUGGAGUCCGACUCCACAUCAUUUCAUCAAGCUGGACAUAACAUCAUUGUUACAGAGUGCGGCUAUAACAGAAGUUGAAAUGGAAGAUAUUUCCGAUAUGGAUGAAGAGACUGAAUCGAAGAAUAAUGAUAAUGACGAUGAUAGCAACGAUGUGAAAGAUGAAGAUACUCAGGAUACAGAAACGUGUGGAUUUUUUAGGAGUAAAUGGGACUCAGAUCCAGCUGAAUUGAAACUUGCUCGUCUGGAUGGUGUGAGUAAACCGUUCCAUAGAAGCACUACUCUGGAAGAUUACUUACAAAUAGACGGUUGGGAACCACCACCAUCCAGUUCGAAUAACAAGAAACGAGUUCGUUGGGCUGACAUUGAAGAGAAACGUGAACAGGAUAAAAUGCGCGCAAUUGGGUUUGUUGUUGGACAUACAGAUUGGAGUCGUAUGAUGGAUCCGACUGGGGGACAGAGUGCCCUUACUAAGACUAAAUAUAUCGAAAGGGUGAAAAAGAAUUGAAGCGGGCGUUGAUGCGAAAACGGACUAGCAGAAUGUGUUGUGAAGUUUUUUUUUAUUAAUUUUAUUUGACUUUAUUCGAUUAUAAUAUGGUGGAAAUAUAUAAUUGGAUAUUGUGAAUUUAG